UUUAUUUUCUGGUGGAAUAUUAUUGACGAGAAACUGGAGUUUCGCUCCGCUUCCUUCGUUUGUGUAUGUGUAAUUCUUUUUUCUUUUACGAGCAGUCAUCUCGAUUCGUUAGAAACUAAUAUUUCUGGAUCACUGGAAUUCCUAGUCCCACUGGCGAAUAACUGCUCUGCUAAUUUUGUGAGAUUCGAUUGAGUUAUCGAAGUGCGGAACAAACUAGUACUUGCAGUAAUUAAAGCCCUGCUUCUUUACCCGUCCAUAUACAGAUUUCCUGUUUCUCAUCGAAUUUAAACUGCUGAGCCAUUUUCUCAAUUUCCGUCAGAAUGGAGAGAUUGUUCCGUCUGGGAGCCGGAGGUCUGCCUGGACUUCAGAAUGCAGGACCUCAAGGCGAUACACCGAGCGUGGACACUGCGGAACAAGUUUACAUCUCUUCUCUGGCCCUUUUAAAGAUGUUGAAACACGGCCGGGCUGGUGUUCCUAUGGAAGUCAUGGGUCUGAUGCUGGGCGAAUUCGUGGACGAUUAUACAGUGCGCGUUAUCGACGUUUUUGCCAUGCCUCAGUCCGGAACGGGCGUUAGCGUGGAAGCCGUGGAUCCUGUCUUUCAGGCUAAAAUGUUGGAAAUGUUGAAGCAGACGGGAAGGCCGGAAAUGGUAGUCGGGUGGUACCACUCUCAUCCUGGUUUCGGCUGCUGGUUGUCAGGAGUGGAUAUCAAUACGCAACAGAGCUUUGAAGCUUUAUCCGAUCGAGCAGUUGCUGUCGUGGUCGAUCCCAUUCAGAGUGUAAAGGGAAAGGUGGUCAUUGAUGCUUUCCGUCUGAUUAAUCCUAACACUGUCGUUUUGGGACAAGAGCCUCGUCAGACGACGUCUAAUAUUGGACAUCUCCAGAAACCUUCCAUUCAGGCACUUAUUCAUGGUCUCAAUAGGCAUUAUUACAGCAUCGCCAUCAAUUAUCGAAAAAAUGAACUUGAACAAAAGAUGUUGCUGAACCUCCACAAGAAGUCAUGGGUGGAAGGCUUAUCGUUGCAAAAAUAUGAGGAACAUUGUGCUAAUAACGAAAAGACUGCUGAAGCCAUGGUUAAGCUGGCGAAGGACUACAUUAAAGCUCUGGACGACGAGGAGAAAAUGACCCCGGAGCAACUUGCUAUAAAGAAUGUGGGCAAGAUUGAUCCAAAGAGGCAUCUCGAAGAAAAAGUCGACCAUUUGUUGGUGCAAAAUACUAUUCAGUGUUUGGGAGCUAUGGUUGAAACUGCGAUUUUCAAAUAAGUCGGCAUAAUGUUAAAAUAUCUGAUUUUCUACUUGAAAUUGAAGAUUUGUACACUCCUGCUGCAUUAUCGUGCAUUUUCUCACUUCUUGGAACCUUAAAAAUCGUUGAACAGUUUUGAUGACCUGCAGGACUUGUUUCUUGGCAACCUAUUGGAUUUUAACAAAACUUUCAGUUUUU